AUGGCGAUCGAAGUUGGACGACUUGGUAGACGCCACGUAAUCUCACGCAGUGGCUUGGAAGCCGUGCUGAAGGACCUCAAAGACAGAGAGUUUCCAUCGGCAAUCUCCAGGCAGACGGUGAAGAGGCAAAGGGACACCACUGUGGAGGUGCAGACGCCGCUGGGAUGCUUGCUGUCUUCCUAUUCUGUGACCCUGCCAGAGCAAAAGAAGACAGCAAAGAAGCCGGCCAUGAAGGCUAAGAGCGUUGAGCUUCCGUUUCUGGCGCCUCUCCCCUUGCUGUACCACCUCUGUGCGGAAGAGUCUGAGUUUGCGCGGAUGAUGCGGCACGUUCUCGAUCGCUACAAGCCGUCCAGGCAGCAGCCACUGAGUAUAUUGGCUUAUGCCGAUGAGAUCAGCCCUGGAAAUGUAUUGGCUCACAGGCUUGAGAGAAAGGUGCAAGUCAUAUACUGGAGCAUCAAGGAGUUUGGACCAGUAGCACUUUCCUCUGAGAGGUCUUGGUUCUUGGCAGGCAUCGCACGGUCAGAGCAUGUCAAGAGGCUGCCAGGUAAAAUGUCUGAGUACUUCAGGCGAUGCCUCGAGCAGUUCAUCUUGCCGAUUGAUGUGCGGGAAGGGAUUCAAGUGCGGUUCGCUGAUGGGCACUGCUCCAUGCUCUUCGCUGCUGUUGACGUCAUUGUGGCCGAUGAGGUGGCACUGAAGGAGAUGAUAGGCAUGAAAGGGGCAGCUGGAACGAUAUGUUGUCCCUUAUGUCGCAAUCUGGUGGACCACAAGUCGGAGCUCCAUCAUCACCAGGAUGCAUUCGUUCCGAGCACGACCAUAGAUCUUUCCCUGGUGGACGCCCAGACUGAUGCCAGCGUUAAGAAGAUCUUGGAUUACCUUGAAGAACAGGCCCACGGCCCAGUGUCCAAGGCAAAGUUUAGCAAGAUGACCCAGGCUCUUGGCUUCAACUACAACCCACAUGGACUCUUGCGAUCGGCGGAACUGGACAUCAAAGCCGUGAGCGUCCUGAUGUUUGACUGGAUGCAUUGCUUUUGUGUGGCUGGACUUUGGAAUGUGGAGGCUGGCCUCCUUGUGGCAAAGCUCCAGGAAAUCGGCAUCACGCAAGCUGAUCUACAUGAGGAACUUCAAAAAUUUAUCUGGCCGCAAGCUAUCAGAAGCCGCGGUGUCACAGGACAAAAAAUCUUUGCAAAGGGAGAUCAAAAUGAAGACAUCAAGUGCUCGGCGAGUGAGUGCCUGUCAGUUUACAGUGUAUUAAGAUUGUUUCUCCUUGAAGCAAUGCAAACACAGGAUUUGCACGCCAUCCGUGCUGAGUGCGACUCAUAUCUUCGACUGUGUCAUGUCUUGGAUUUGCUUCAACAGGUCAAACUGGGCAAGACAACCCCGAGAGCAUUGGAGGUUGCAGUUGUGGCACAUUUGUCAGCCUUCAAGGAUGCAUAUCGAGAUACACGGUUCUUGCCAAAGCAUCACUACAGCCUCCAUCUCUGCAGAAUGUUGCAGAGGCAUGGGACACUUGUGUCGUGUUUUUGCCACGAACGGAAGCACAAAGAGAUCAAGCGACAUGCUCAGUUGAUCUGCAACACUUGGAGUGCCUGGGAGAGAUCUGUAAUGGUGGAUGCCGCGUGCGACAUGCUUGACUCCCUGCUGGAAGACCAAGAUCAAUCCUUCUACGGCGGCAUAUGCCAGCCCCAAGAAGCUCCGAUGGCGACCAAGCAAUUGCUGUAUCGAACUUUGGGCGCGUUCCGUGUCGCAAAGGUGGCUCGUUCUGCCUACUACGCACCAGGAGCCCGUGUCUUCAAGGAUGAUGUGGUGAUCUGUCAUGUGGAAGAUCUCAAUGACCCUUUGCUAGGCAACAACUACUUAGCAACCACGCCGGUCAUCCAAGUAGAGGCCCACAUAGAGCAGGUGCAAGCGCUCAGGGGCAACAGGAUCGCUGUGGCGCGGUUCAAAAGCGCUUUCAUAGCAGGCCAAGAGGCUUUGAAACAGGCGGUGACGGUCAGCUCCAAGACUGAGGACUUGGACGAGGCCCUUCCGACCUCUACCAUGCAGCCCACAGAUCACAUCGCAUUGCCGGGGGGCCUGCAGCUUCAGUUGGAGAAGGAGGUCUCUGUGAGCCUCCGGUCCGUCACGGACUACUACUUCGCGCUGCGACUGCUUGGCCAUGGGUGGGCAUGGGCAGGUAACUACAUGGUGAAGUACAAUGAUGCGGACGUCCUGAUGAUGGAUCUCUCCACGGCCUUGCACUAUGCUGAUACCUCACUGCGGGAUUGCAUGGAGUUUGGUGGUGGCUCAUUGGUGUGGUAUCAGCGGAAUGACCUCUUGACAAGAGCCAAGAUGGCCACGUACGUGCGGUGGGGCUGGCCUGCGUCUGCCGCCCUGACCGAGGAGCCGAAGGGCACCAAGCGCCCGGCUGAGAGUCCACCUCUGGACCGCCGAGCCAGGGCCGUUAAAGGAGAUGGGUUCCGCACAGUGAGCCAGAUCAAGGGAGGCAAACGUUUGUGUAAGCCCUGGAACGACGGGCGUGGACGCCAAGACAAGAACUGCCAGGUCUACAUGAGCACUCCCGUCGAGGAGCCCGCACGCGCUGUGGCCUUGGUGAAGUCGCCCCAGACUGGUUUGGCUGCCAAGAUGUAUUUGGGGUGGCAUUUCUAUGCUGUGGCGGCGGAACCGGACCCGAUCGCCCAAGCGGCAGUGCACAACAUGCCCAAUCUGGUGCACGUUCCCCGCAUUGAGGACCUCCAUGCCAAGGAUUUUCUGCUCUUUUUGCAGCGGCGCAACAUCCGGGGCAUUUUGAUGGGAGGUGGCAGCCCGUGCCAAGGGAACAGCUCCCUCAACUUGAGCUGCCUGUGGGUGGGUGCAACGCCGAAGUCUGUUUUGGUUGGUAAGAAGGAAGGGCCCGCUGCAUGCUGGGAUUACCCGGCUUCUCCUUGGACCUGGUCGCCUACGGCGGCCGACGAAGUGCCCACUUUGGUUUAUGAAGGCGCUAAGCCGUGCCCACCACGAGUUUUCUUUCAGCAGGACUUCCAGCCGAUGUUUGACCCGGCGGACGUGGUGGCCAAGCAUGGAGUGGGAGCUUUCCACACCUUUACCAGGGAAUUUCGGCACCCGGCUGACGGCGUUGCCCAAGUGUCAGCGGCUGCAGCAGCUAGGUUUGAGGAGGACUGCAGAAGGCCCCCGGCGGCCUAUGAGGAGCGGUCCUUACUCUGGUCGGGACGGCAAUGGAGGCAGCCCCUGCGCGAAGAGCGUGCCCAGAUGCAUGGUCUGCCUGCGGCUUGUCUGGGUACAGUCGCAGGGGAUCCAGACCUCAAGCGCCAACGCCAGAAUUCACGCCUAGGGAAUGGAUUCCACAUGUUUUCGUUGUUAUUUUCCAUGCUGCCCUCUGUGCUGGGUGGCAAGGUGUUGCUCAAUCCCCCUUGUUUGAUGGAGCGGGGCCUGCAAAGCCGCCUGGUACAUUCGGUCUGGGAACCGGGACGCUUGGCGAGCAUGCCAGGGCUCUUGACAGCUGGCGAGGUGAUUGAGAGGAUGCAGCCGCUUUUGCCGGCCUGCUCCCUUGAUCGCGCUGUGUGGGAGCAGACCACGCAAAGGUUGCAAGCAUGCAAUUUGCAGGACUUGCAAAUGUUUGCGGCUUGGUGCCGACUUCGUGGCGAACAGACGGAUGUCCUGGGACCUCAACCACUGCUUGCCCAGGAUAGAGCUCAGGUUUACGCCGGCCCUAGUGGCCAGCGCUAUGCGGCUGAUACCACCCGAGGGCUCAACCCGUUGCUGCCCCCAGGCCUGGGCAAGGAAGGCCAUAUGGAGGCGUCCGCCAAGCUUGGAUCGCCAUUCGCACCCAGACCGUGGCCAGAGUUGGAUAUUGCUUUUGUCGUGGACGCCAUUGCCAUUUGGCAGUGGGCCCUGCCGCGGGUGGCAGAGAAACUCCGGCAUGUGCUUCGCACCGUGGCCCGUGCACUGCAUCCUUUGGAGUUGGCCAUAGCGCCAUUCCGGGUCCCUAGUGCGCAGAUGGUGGCGGCCGAGAAGAAGCCAGCGUUCGUAGCAUUUAUGACGGUGCUGCUUCAUUGGCCUGAUCUCAGACAAGCCCACCUCAUCUCCUGCGUUCCUGAUACUUUCGAAGACUGGGUCGCCGGGGCCGAGGCCGCUUUGGACACUCUUUUGCAUUCUCGGCCUCCCAAACACCAUGCGGCCAUCCUGGAGGCAACCAAGGCUGAACAGGCAAAGAACUCUUGCUCCGAGUUUUUGACGCGAUCUGAAGUUGAUGCAAUGUUCGAUUAUCAGCCUUGGCGACCAUUGGAAAGGUUUUUGAUUCAGGCCGAUGGCAAAGCUAGAGUGAUUGACAAUUGUCGCAAAACCCAGCACAAUGCUCAUACUACUAUGUAUGAGACGAUCCACACGGUGAGCAUCGACUUUGUGGCCGCGGUCGCAGCAGAUCUCUGUCGUCGCUUGGAUAUUCGCGAGCCACCGCAUUCCAGUGGCAGCCUGGAGUGGCUCCGGCUGACUCUGGGUACCGACGACCUACCGGAUGCGUGCAGAGGGCUCCCUGUUAGCCCCGAGCACCAGCGAUUCUCGGUGGUCGCGAUCUUGGCAGUUGAUUUUGUGGCCGACUGCUCUCCAUCCCAACUUGGUUUGCGAUUGGUCUUUAGUUUGAUGGGGGCCCCGCCCCAGGCAUCCAAAGGUUUUGUGACGUCCGCCAACCGGCACUACCUGGGCACCUCCAUCCAUACCGGGGACUUUGUCACAGCAGGUUCUGUUCGUGUGCAGCCGAAGUAUUCCACCAGCAUUAAAGUUCUGCGGAAGUUGGAUGCCUGCCUAAAGUCACGAACCCUUUUGCGUGACGAGGCCGGCAAGUUACGGGGCGAUUUGAUGUGGUUUUUCUCCAUGUGUAUGGAGCACCUUGGCAAAUUGGCCGGGCCAGUGCUUUCAGCCCACCAGCGGAGCGAUGACUCUGCCUCGACACCACACGAGAUGAGCUAUUUGCAUGCUCUGAGAGCUGCAGUAGCUCUUUCCCAACCGCGGGACGUGUGCGUUCUACAUGGCCAUCAGCCAGUUGUUCGUGUCUACAGCGAUGCUUCUUUCGAAGAGGGCAUUCUCCGCCUUGGGUGGGUCAUCUUUGUCCCAGGGCAUCCUGGCACAUGCAUAGUGCCCGAUCGCAUUGCCACCUGGAAGAGUCGCUCGCAACAGAUCUUCCCGGGGGAGACAGUGGCGGCGCUUGUGGUUGCCUUGGUUCAUGAUGCCCUGCUGGCAAAUCAGGACUUGCUCUACUUCACGGACAACCAAGCUUCUGCUGCCAGCUUGAUUCGUGUUACCUCCUCUGAAGAAGAUUUCACUUGCGCUUCCUUGCGAUGCAUUCGUGAGUAUGGUAUGAGUGGCUGGAUAGUGAAUGCAAACCCGUCAGACGGCUUGAGCCGCCUUGGCUUAGCAGAUCCCUGGACUCUGUCCCAACCGUGGCAG